CAACCAAAAAGUGAAAAUUGAUUUUUUGACACCUAAGCCCCCUUUCCGUAGACCAGGUCACAUAUAUAUUUCUCGCAGGCAUCUUUGCAUUCGAGAAACAAAACAGAACAGCCACUCGCGAUGUUGAUCCGUUGCUGUCUCGCCAACGACGUGUGAAGUAGAGACCUGCACGAAUAAGUAAAAAUAUAACAAGUUAAUAAUCGCCGAGUAUGAAUAGAAACGAUGCGAAUACUUGAAUUUAUGUUUGACAUCGUUGGCAAAGCAUCGUUUUACUUGGUAGCAAACGGAUAUUUUUUCAUAUCAUCAUUUUCAUAUGAGACGCUUUUGUUGAGCGAAGUUAAAUUUGAAAAAUUUGUCACAAUGACAAAACUUAAAAAUUCAUUAAAACGUGAAAGCAUCAAAAACAAGAUUUUAUGGCAAAAUGGAAGUGCUAAAUAAAGUAAAAUCGGGAGAAUAUUCUGCGAUUGAGGCUACUGGCUCCAGUGACGUAUGGAAAAACUUUAAGAAAAUUAUAAAUUCCAGUACGUUGGAAAUAGUGCCGUAUGUUUUGUGUGAACGAUGCCAGAAAAUAUUUAAGUUUGGAAUAGGAAGUAGUCCUUCAAAUUUAAAAAAGCAUACUUGCUACAAACGAUUAAGCGAAAACGAAAAUUUAACUGAGACAAAGAGGAGAAAAUCGUGCGUUUUUGUAAAUGAAGAAAUCCGAAAUGAAGUGACCAGAAGUUGUGUUGAGUUUGUUGCUCGAGAUCUACGAUCAUUUGACGCUGUAAAUGGUUCUGGUUUCAAAGACAUGGCACGAUGUCUAAUAGAAGUAGGUGUCAAGUUAGGAACAAAAAAAUUUUCAAUCGAUAUACUGCCACAUUCUACUACGAUAAGCCGUACACUACUGAAAGUCCACACUUCUGAACGUGAAAUAUUCGUCAAUAACAUUCGACCGUACAUGGAAAAAGGCAGGUGUACUGGUACAAUGGAUUUGUGGACCGACAGCAAGAAGCAGAGGAGUUACAAAUAUAACGGCAGUGAGACGAAAGCCAAAAAUACAGCAACAGCAAAAUAAGACUUCGGCGCGGGAUAGUAACCACAUAGCAACAUUACUUGCCAGAUUUUUCCAACGGAUUUUAUAAUUACUACUAGUAUUUACCAUUACAAAACGUUUUUCAAUAUAAAGUGGAUACCACCAUGAUUUUUGCGCAAAAUUGGCGUUUCUAAUUAAAACAUUAGAAAAAUUGAAUUCGAAUUGAUUUAUUUAAACAAGCUUGUACUUAUGUACAUACAUGUACCUCCAUUUUUUUGA